AUCCAAAGCACACACCUCAGUCCAACUACUACCAAAUCCACCUAAAAAAAAACUUUCGACUUUACGUCAACACAUACCAGCAAAAUGGCUACUUGGCUCUCUACCCACGGAAUUGGUGCCAUCAAGGACAGCAAUUCUAGCUUCGCCAUCGUCGCCGACAAGGGAUCCGCUCUCGUCAAGCCGACCGAUCCCAACGCGCUGAGCGGAUGGAUCCACUUCACCAUCCCCAGCCCCCCGGUUAAUAACCCGAACCUCAAGGUCGUCGCCAUCGACUUCUCUUCCCAGUCGGCCAACGUCGAAGCCGUGGCUGUCUACCUUGCCAACAUCCAGAAGUACAAGGAGGAGGGGCUCCAGAGGGGCCAGUCCUUCACCCUCUCGCUUCCCUCCAACCCCCAGGUCCUCUACCAGGGCAAGGGAAUCUCCGUGUCGAUCCUCGUCCAGUUCGACAACAUCUCUUCCAACCUCAGGCUCCAGUCCGUCGGAAUCCAGGUCUAGACAAGCUACAAUGUGCCCUACGAUAGUCUAGCUACAACGCACUAGCCUAGAAAAAACUAAGGGGAGAGAAGUGGAGAGUGAAUGAUCCGAGCUUAUAAGCUGGAUGGAUCUAUGUGGAAGUCUUGUUUUCGGGUACCCUCGAUGGGACCUAUUC